CCAUGAUCUAAUGGUCCUUAUCUGGAGGGCGUGAUCACUGUAAAUAUGGCUGUCCUUUUGUUUGUUUAGCUCUAAAGUCUUAACCAACGCGUUUGAAGCUUCACCAACCAUUUGAAAAGGGAAGGAACUUAUUCGCCAAAUCUCAUAUAUAUCUUCCUUUCUUAUUUAUUCAUAUAACCCACACAACCCCUCUCUCUCUCUCUCUCUCUCUAACAAGGAAUGGAAGAAGCUCAAAAACACAAAGAAAUCCAAUAUGAAAAACCCAAGUCCCUUGUAUGGGAUUGUGGGAGCACACUAUACGACUCGUUUGAGCUCAACUCGUUUAAACGUCAACUUGACUCAGCAAUAUGCUCUAGAACCCAAUCCAUGCCGCAUUUACCCAACCGCCGUGCAGCUCCACCUCCUCCGCCACAGCCACCGACCAAAAAAUCGUCGAGGAUCUCUCGGUCACUUCACAAGCUCCUCCGGUCCAUGUUCAAGCCGAAACCAACUUCUACCGCCGUGCUUCGAGUGCAAGAGCAAUCCAAGGAUGGGUUUUACAUCGUUUACGACAAGUCUGAGGCUCUUACCACAAUCCCAGAAGUUCCUGAGAUUGAUUUUACUGGGAUUUCCCCGGAGAUCAGCUCCUUGGUAAGAAGGUCAACCUCAGAGCGGUUUACAGCCACUUCUAUUGGUAUUUCAUGUGCUUAGUAUUAGACCUUUGAAGAAUAUGCAUGUGCUGGAUAUUUUAUUUGUAUAGUAUAAGGCUUGUUUGUUAAAUAUUGUUAAUACUAUAAUGUUUGUGUUUUA